AUGUCGCUAAUUCAAUUUGGCAUGUCAGCACCGAGCCGAGCAGCAGUAGAUAUCAUGAACAACGAUGUUGAACGUGAACACCAGUUUGAUAAAACUGCUUUAGCUACUUUUGUUGCUAAUAAUAAAAUAUUGCUUACUGCCGAGCAACAAAGUGUAUAUGAUCAAAUCAAUACGUCAAUUGAGGCACAACAGGGCGGAUUCUUUUUUUUGAACGCACCCGGAAGCACUGGAAAAACAUUUAUUAUUUCACUGAUUCUUGCGCGUGUGCGGUCGCAAAAUAAUAUUGCGUUGGCAAUAGCUUCUUCAGGAAUUGCAGCAACAUUAUUUGAAGGAAGACGAACUGCGCAUUCGGCAUUUAAGUUACCUUUAAAUGUUCAUGUUAACCUAGAAGAAAUGUGCAACAUAAAGAAGAAAUCAGGAAUGGCGAAAGUUUUGCGAAAAUGUGAAAUAAUCAUCUGGGAUGAAUGUACUAUGGCGCACAAGCAUUCGCUUGAAGCUCUUGAUAGGUCGCUGAAAGAUAUCAAAAAUAAUAAUUGUCUUUUUAGUGGCUGCUUAUUGCUACUGUCUGGCGAUUUCAGACAGACAUUGCCCAUUAUUCCACGAGCGACGCGUGCUGAUGAAAUAAAUGCCUGCUUAAAAAAGUCUUAUCUGUGGCGUAAGAAAUUAUAUCUUAGUGUUAACAUUCGUGUUCAAUGUCUAAAUGAUGCACUGGGGUCGAAAUUUUCACAACAAUUAUUGGAUAUUGGUAAUGGCAGAAUUAAUUUUUAUGAAAAUAUAGAGUACAUUCAAUUCCCUGAUAAUUUUUGUAAUAUGGUUGAUGGCAAAGCCAAACUAAUAGAAAAUAUUUUUCCAAUUUAA